AUGGAGAGCCUGUACAGGACUUCAAGUCCAGAUCCUGGCGUGUAUUCCUCACAAUUAGAGCACGAGCCCGUAAGGAAGCCGAACAUGGGAAUGCCCUUACCAUCAGCUGGUGUUGAGCAAGCUCUAUCUGUAGUUUGGCAGAUCAUCCGACAUGCUCUGAAUGGCCUAUGGAUAGGAAGAUGGUUUGCGCGACGUAGACGUGACGCUGGGAAACCUGUUACGGUCGUCUGUAAGAGUCAUGCUCAUACAGCAAUGGUCUACCAUAAAAUGCAUCAACUGCACCUCCUUGGCGUCGACGAAACUAGUGAAGGAGUCUCUGGACUAUACUUGGCCCUCUCCGCCGUAAACCUUGCCGAAAGCGCUGGAGCAUCUACUGAUGGUUUACCUCGAAAUGUUCUGGCUGAUAUUUAUAUUGCUGCUGCGAUUAGAGCUCGCCUCUGUCUGCCUCCUUUUCUUGCUUCCAUUUUCUCUCCAUAUUUUUACAAGCGAGCUCGUCGUCAUGUAAGAAGAGCAGACGAGGAUAGUGUUAGUGGCCUCCAGUGGUUGUUCCACCCUUUGUCUCGAGAAAUUCUCUCGGAUCCCGAAGCUUUAAAAACCAUACUAAGCGCUAAAAAGACUUCAUUAAAGCCUUUCAUUGGAGAAUGCGAUGGUGAUGUCCUUUCGCGACUCCGAGCGGCUUUUAAGCUUCGGCUAUUAACCCUUUUGGCAAAUGAGUUGAUUGGUGAGAAUGGGUCCAAGGAAAUCGAUGUCGUUGAUGUGUCUCGCCUUCUCAUAAGCAUCUCGAUGGCCGGCGGCUUGCCAAAGAAGGAAAAUAGUUGG